CGCUUGCUUCGCACAAAGCCCCGCAGCUUGACGAAAAUACCAAAUUAUCUACCUCUACCUCUCUACCUUGAUCCCACUUCCUGCUCCGAGUUUUCAACCCACCUUCGAAGUUCAUACGUCCAAGGUCAACUCAAUUCAAUCAUUCGGGACAGUAUCAAGCAGUACGGUAUAACAAACAGUCAACAUGUCUGACGAGAAGGAAAUUGACUACUCCCUGGCCAACCCGGAUACCCUUACCAAGUAUAGGGUCGCCGCUACCAUAUCGGAGAAGGUCCUUGCUGCCGUUACCAAGCUAUGCAUCGCUGGUGAGAAGAUUGUUUCUAUCUGCCAGCAGGGAGACAAGCUCAUUGAGGAGGAGACGACUAAGGUUUACCGCGGAACCAAGCUAAAGGGUUUCGCUCACCCCACGACUGUAUCGCCAUCUUCUUACAUAACACCAUAUACUCCAUUAACAUCCGAUAGCGCCGAGGCGAACAUCGAACUUCAGCCCGGUGAGCUCGUGAAGAUUCAGCUUGGAGCGCAAGUUGAUGGAUUUGGUUCCAUUGUUUGCGAUACCGUCGUCGUUCCGUCUAAGGACCAGGCGCAAGAUGCCAUUACCGGCCGCACCGCCGACUUACUACUCGCUACACACUAUGCCAACGAGCUUCUUCUACGACUUAUGGUCCCUCCUGGAUUGUUAGCAAGUGGAAGUGAUGAGGAGAAAGCGAAGGCAGCUGCAGUCAAGCCCCCAACUCAGUCUAAGAUCACCUCUCUUUUGGAGAAGGUUGCAAAAACUUAUGAGGUUAACAUAGUGGAGAGCACAACCUCAUGGCUUUUUGACCGCAAUGAGAUCGAGGGCAAGAAGAAGAUUGUCAUUGCCCCCGCAGAAGGUACCAAGGGAGAUGGUACGCCUGAGGUCGGCGAAGUAUGGGGUGUAGAAGUGGGUAUGAGCUUGGGUUCCGGCAAGGACAAAGCUAUCGAUCAACGAGCUACUCUUCUCCGCCGAACGAACAAUACCUACAUUCUGAAGUCACAGACGGCGCGCAAGACACUAUCUACUAUCCAAACCAAGUUUAGCCAUUUCCCUUUCAGUCUGAGACAGCUCGAAGAGGAAGGUGGUGAUACUAAAUACAAGGUUGGCGUGUAUGAAGGUGUUCGUCAAGGCGUGUUACGACAGUACGAAUUAGUUGGUGAUAAGGAAGGUGCUCCGGUAGCCAGACUAUUAACUACCCUCGCGAUUACAAAGAAUGGUAUCUCGAAAUUGGGAGCACCACCGGCGCUAGACCUGAGCAAGGUCCAGUCGGAUAAGAAGGUAACCGACGAGGAAAUUCUCAAGAUAUUGGAACAACCACUUAGUAAGAAUAAGGGCAAGAGUAAGAACAAGAAGAAGAAGAAGCCCGCCAAGAAGCCCGCCGGAGGGGGAGACGAUGAUGCAGAGGAAAGUGACGACGAGUAAAGUUAUGAUCUGCAACAGCUCAGAUGCACUUGAUGGGCAGACACACUGAAAUUCAGCAUUGCCUUGGUUUUUACAUGGUAUAAAACCAGUGGCGUGAGCCCCGUGCUCUUGCGUUCAUCGUCAGCCGCUGUGGCUUUUAUGUACCUGCAAGGUUCGGCGUCAUUCUGACGUACCGUUGCUCCGAGUCACACCAAAAUAAGCCAAACGCCGAAAAGCGCACAGUGGGCCUUGCGCAGCUGAGGGGAAAUACUUUACUUAGGUGUGUUAUUAGUUCCCAUAGAGGAAAGAAAAAAAGGAACAAAUAAUAAAAAAGGAGAACAGCUAUUAAGCUGAGAGAUUAUUACGGAUGUCGACUGAAUUACGUCUAGGAAAUGAAGCUGGACAUAUUUGAGUGAAAUCUUAUGGUGACUUAUCUCUUACUCCUUGACCGCUGGACCGGUGGCUUGAUA